AUGCGUCUCCUAAUCCCCAUGAUGAUCUUGUCUUUGGUGAUGAUGAGCUCAUCGCAGGCGCAGUACCCUCGGCCUCGGCGCCCGGAACGAUUUGACACGGCGGAACAGAUAUCUAACUAUCUUAAAGAACUUCAGGAAUACUACUCAGUGCAUGGCAGAGGAAGAUACGGAAAAAGACAGAUGCAUAUAGCUGACGCGUCCGUCAUCUUCAGAGAGAUGCCGUUCUUCGAGAACAAUCUAAAUGAAGACGUGUUCAAAAACCUUGGAUACAAAUAG